AUGUAUUCGGAAAAAGUUCCAACGUUUUUAAAGAAUAUAAAAAGACCUUGGAAAAUACUGGCACCAAUGGUAGAUAAUAGUGAGGAAGCUUUUAGAAUUUUAGUAAAGAAUUACGGAUGUGAUUUUGGUUAUACAGAAAUGGUUAAUACGACAGUUUUAAAUAGAAUGAAAUUUAAGUUUGAAAAGAAUAAGUGGUUUAGUGAUGUUAGUAAAGACAGACCAUUAGUUGUUCAAAUUUGCGGCAAUGACCCAAUCACAAUGCUAAAAUCAUCUCGAAAACUAGAAUCAUUUUAUGAUGCAAUUGAUAUCAAUUUGGGAUGUCCACAACAUUGUGCAAGAAAAGGAGUGUAUGGUGCUUGGUUAAUGAAUGAUCAAACAAGAAUAUUUGAAAUAGUUAAAACAUUAUCAAGUGAAUUAACAAUUCCAGUUUUUUGUAAAAUAAGAGUUUUUGAUUCUAUAGAAAAAUCAGUAGAAUAUGCUAAAAUGAUUGAAAAUGCAGGUUGUUCUUUAUUAACUGUUCAUGGAAGAACAAUUCAUCAAAAGGGUAAAAAUACAGGUCUUGUUUCAUUAGAUCAUAUUAAGGCUAUUAAAGAAGCUUUGACAAUUCCUGUUAUUUCUAAUGGGGGUAUCCUAGAACAUAAAGAUAUUGAAAAAACUCUUAAUUAUACUAAAUGUGAUGGGGUUAUGAUAGGUGAACCUAUAUUGUAUAUUCCUACUAUAUUUUCUGUUAAAGAGGUUGAUCCAUUUGAAAUAUCUAAAGAAUAUUUAAACAUAUGUUCUAAGUAUCCGGGAUCUGCUGAUAUAAAACAUAUAAGAUCACAUUUGUUUAAAUUUUUAUAUGAACCUUUUACUUUAUUACCUGAAUAUAGAAACAUUUUUCUUAAGAAGAGAUCAAUUUACGAAUUAAUUGAUUUUGUUAAUCAAUUUAAAAAUGCUUUCCCAAAUAUUAAGUUCAAAUUAAAACCUUAUUUAAGAUCAAAUAUUUUGAAAUAA